AUGAGAAUAGUCCGAACGGUCGGUCAGGCCUUUGAUGUAUGUCAUCGACUGGCACUACAAAAGCAAGAAAAUGAUCCAGUAUCGAGAAAGAACAACGAAGGUCAGACCGCAGGCGGUGGGGAUAGUUUUAACGCCACCUUACCGCACCGUCGAAAACUGUUGCAGCGCAACCACCGCAGUCACUCGCCUCCCCUUUGUGAAAACUCCUCCGAUGAUAAUGAGUGGCGGUCGCCCCGUAGGCGAAAACACCAAACGAGAAGAAAGAAUUGCAGCUCUGACGAGGAUCCCGUAGGAGACGGAAGGGAUGAUCGGGCAAGAAGCAUCAUCUACAGCGAGGAGGCUUCGGACGAAGACUCAAAGCAUCCCACAGUUCCACUCACUCUGAAGAAGGUAAAGAAAGCCUCUUCUGGCCGACGUCGGCGACGUCACCGUACUUUCAGCAAUAAUGGCGAUGCUUCAAGUGACAGCUCCGAUGUUCCACACCGACAUCCUCGCUCCCAUAUGAAGCAGAGCAUUACCAAUGAUGACUUCCUAGCAUGGGGUCAAUUCGGACACAGCCUUGGGUAUCCAACGCCAAUUUCUCUCUCCCUCUUCGGUUUGCCGCAGAGUCAAUCUCUUGAUACGAAUCUGGCCCGUGAAUUUUUGUGUGGAAGCAGUACACAUUCAAUGCAAAGCCAAUCUAGUAUUCCACCUGAUCCUGUUCUGCUUAAUCGUCUGCUGAACGAACUUCAAGGUAGUCUAACAAGCGAUCAGUCGGUUGCGUCAAAUGAUAAACAGCGCAAGUCAGAUUCGAUAUCCUGGAUUCCGUAUCUGGGUGGGCGUGCCGAAACGUUAAGCGAGACGCACAGUUCUCUCAACCGGCAGCUGGACAUUCUUGAAGCCAGAAUGUCUAAGGCAUGUAAAAGUGAUUUGAGAUCAAUUUCUUCCUACCAACUUUCAAAGGAAGCAUCAAGCAGCGGAGACCCUACGGUAGGAAUACCCAUUUCAAUUACCGCCCCCAAUUUGGCCUCCACACCAAUUUCAUCAGCGAAACUAGAACAAAAGACAGCCAACAGUGAGGCAGUUUUGCCUACGGAAACACUCGAUAUUCUUAAGCGGCAGCUAAAUAUCCAAGAGACAGAAACAAAAAUAGCUAUUUAUCAGGUCCAUCGGCUAAUGAGACAACUCAGAUUGGAGGCUGCAGCGCGCAUGGAGGGUCAGGUAUGGCUCAACUCUCGUUAG